AUGCCGCACGCGUCGCCGCCGCUGUCCUACACCCGCAGCAGUAGCACCGGCAGCGACCACUCGAACGGAUACGUGGCAAAGCCCCGACGCGCACGUGGGAGUAUGGACUCGACCGCGUCGUCCGCCAGCGGCGACGGCAAUAACAACAACAACAACAGCAGCAGCAGCAGUAGCUCUGUCUUUCGCGUGUCGAAAGAGGUCGAGAACAUUGGCGCGCGCGUCGCCAUCUCGAAGAAGCGCAUCACGUGGCGCUUUGUGCUCUCGGGCUCCGAUCAAGUGCACACGCUGAUGCUCGAGCACAGCCGACUGUCGGCCAAGAAGCGGCUGAAGCUCGACGGCCGUCGGCUGUUCACGUCGGAGCAGUUUGCAACGCAGUGGCAGUACGAGUUUAACGUGGCGACCGCCGACGCGCGCACGCCGUUCCGCGUGACCAUUCGCGACGUGACGACCGCUGUCGUGGACGAGCGACGGCUCGAGACGGUCUAUGACCUCGUGGCCGAAGGUGUGCCGUGGGACCAGCUGGCGGAGCGCAUGCUCGUCGCAGCGUUUCGGCACCAAGCGGCGUCGGUCUGGAGCAGCGACAUGUACGUACGUCGUGUGGACGACACGCACGGUGAGCUCUUGAGUGACGGCGAGGAGCGACCGCCGGGCACGUUGUUGACGUGGACGUUUGCUUUUGGCUUGCAUGGCAAUGUCCACAAGCUCGAGCUGCGGGACUUGGACAAGGGCGAGUUUGUCGUUGUGCUGGACUGCCGCGAACUCGCGCGCGUGCAGUUUGACGAUAUUCAGGAAGACGUGUGGGAGUUUGAGUACGACAUGGAAGACCAGCACGAGCUGGACCUGGUGGUGACGCUCGUCGACGAACACAAGUCGUACGACUUUUUCGUUGAUGGCAGUGCAUGGAGCGACAUUGGGCAGACGGACUUUGCGCUCGAGCCGGGGUGGUACCCUGUCUACUCGCGCUCGCGCGGCGCGGUGUACUUUCGCCACGACGGGACGGGGGAGAUGCAGUGGGAGAAACCCGUUGUGGACCGAAAGAGCGCACAGGCUAGUCAGCGGCUGCAAGAGAUGUCGUUGAGCUCACAAGCAAUAAACGGUUUGGCAAGAGGGAUGCAGACAGUCGAGGAUGCCAUGGAUGAUCCGAAUAGGGAGCUUGGACGUUCGCCUCGGCUUGUACCGAUGAAGCACCCGCUCCAGCCUGUGCAGGAGAUGCCUGAAGGACUCGAAGCGCAAGAGGGAAAUUUAAUUGAUUUCUCGGAUUUGCCGGAACAAGUGCAAACGUCUGGAAAGAGUGGGAACGAAUACGACCCGUUUGACCCUGCCACGCAUGCAGAAUUGGUGAACACAGACCAGAAGAGGCAGCCAUUACAGCAGCCAGCGGAUCUGUUCAGCUUCUGA